ACUUGAGAAAAGCUCCCAUGGGUCCCAUGCCAGACCUCAAGUGUCUCUCCAAUCAUGAUAAGGGUAGGAGGCGCGUGGGUGUCUCCCGGGGUUACGUUCCUCGCAAGCGUCUUGCACUUGAAAAGGGCAGAACAAACCACCGACCCGGUUCGACCGUCUUCGGUCGUACGCGAUUAAACCGCAACGCCCGAGCCGGGCCUCCCCACGUGCGCCCGCCAGGGAGACGCCCGUACGCCGACACCUGGGUCCCACGUGCGAGCUUCGAACGCUCUACCCUCUUCCCAAAGCCCCGCCAUGGCGAUCGGCCUAUUUAUACUACUGCUAUACUAUGCUUGCUUUACCCUCUUCUCAAAAGACAACGAAGCAUAUCAUAUCAUUCGCUUCCUUCUCGAGUUGGAUUGGGGGUUUCAUCCAAUUGCAAUGAUGCUGAUGGAGAACCCGCCGGAGUUUGGCCGCCACGCGAGGCGGAGCUACAGCGACGGCGCCGGCUCUUCCGGCGCCUUCAGCGACUGCAACAGCGAAUGCUCCGCCUCCGGCAACGGCGCUUCCUCCCUCCGCCGCCUUCUUGCCUCCGACUACUACUCCGACGAGGAGGUCCGCGGCCUCAUCUCCGACCUCGGGUCCCCCUCCGUCGAGUCCCGGCGCCGCGCCGCAAUGGAGCUCCGCCUCCUCGCCAAGCACAGCACCGAGAAUCGCCUCCGCAUCGCCCGCGCCGGCGCCGUCGUCCCGCUCGUCGCCCUCCUCUCACACCCGGACCCGCAGCUGCAGGAGCACGGCGUGACCGCCGUCCUCAACCUCUCCCUCUGCGACGAGAACAAGGGGCCCAUCGCCGCCGCCGGCGCCGUCCGUUACCUCGUCCGUGCCCUCCGCUCCGGCACUCCCGCCGCCCGCGAGAACGCCGCCUGCGCCCUCCUCCGCCUCGCCCAGCUCGACGACCUCCGGGCCGUCAUCGGCCGCUCCGGCGCCAUCCCGCCCCUCGUCGCCCUCCUCGAGACCGGCGGCUCCCGCGGGAAGAAGGACGCCGCCACCGCCCUCUUCACCCUCCUGGCCGCGAAGGAGAACAAGGCCCGGGCCGUCGAGGCCGGGGUGGUGCGCCCGCUGCUAGACCUAAUGGCCGACCCGGAGUCCGAGAUGGUGGACAAGGCGGCGUACGUGCUGCACCGGCUGCUGUCGGAGCCGGAGGGCCGAGCGUCGGCGGUGGAGGAGGGCGGUGUCCCGGUGCUCGUGGAGAUGGUGGAAGUGGGAAGCCAGCGCCAGAAGGAGGUGGCGAUGCUUUCGCUGCUGGAGAUCUGCGAGGAAAGCGCCGCCUACCGGAAGAUGGUCAUCCGCGAGGGCGCUAUCCCGCCGCUCAUCGCCCUGUCCCAGUCCUCCUCCAAGAAGACCAAGGACAAGGCGGAAGCGUUGAUCGAGCUUUUGCGACGACCGACCACGAAGCUGAUCGAUUAUUCCCAGCAGAGGACGACACGUGGCUGUUCGGCGCUCCCUGUAGACGGCGACGCACUAGUACGAGCAUAGACACGUGGCGGUCAAGCAUUAGCUGGGACGAUGUAAAUACAUCUUAUAAAAGCAAAGGAUAAAAAAAAGGCUCUCUUUUCUUUCUUUCUUCAAAUAUUUAUUCGUUGCAAAGAAAAAAGAGAAUUAAAGGGGGAAAAAAAGGUGUCGGCAUGUGAUGCUUCCGUGGGUCGGCUGUCAACUGCUCCGUGAUUCGUGACGGAGGUGCCCAGAGGCGCACAUCUGGUGACACGUGCCCAACAGCUCCGUUGAGCUGAUCUCGCGCCACUGCGGUGGAAGUUACCGGUGAAACUUCCUCAGUAGCUUAUAUUAGUAGUGUGUUGGAGACAAAAAGAAGAAGAAGAAGAAGAAGAAGAAAGAUUGUAAUUGUUGGGUUGUUUAAAUACUUUGAAUCAUGUGGUUUAAGACCUAUGAACAGAUUAUGUUGUUUGGUAUCAUAGGAUUUAAUUUCAUUGUUUAUGAUUAGGAGGGAUGACAAAGGUAUACAUACAUAUCUUUAGUCAGAACUCUAACUCAAAAUUGUCUACUGAAUCCAAAUAAAUCUACCUAUCA